CUCGCUGCUGGAGAAAAGAAAGCGUCUCCUCUGCUCGGGUGAAGAAGACUCGCGGUUCUGCCAGGGAAGACGACUCGGCUCCGCUGCACUUUUUCUUUCUUCCAAUAAGCUGAAAACUGAGCAGCUGUUGGAUCUGAAAAGAACGGACGGCCUGGAUCUCUUCAAGCCUUGACACUCCAACACUGAACAAAGCAAAUCGUAAUCUCUGCUUCAGAAGCUCUUCUCCAAUGGCGAACAAGGAUCACGCAGCAUCUGUCAAAGAUGCCGUUCACAAGCUGCAACUUGCCCUCCUUAAGGGCAUCCAAAACGAAGACCACCUCUUCUCUGCUGGAACCUUAUUGUCUCGCGGUGACUACCAAGAUGUUGUCACUGAGCGUUCAAUCACUAACCUUUGUGGAUACCCUCUGUGUGCCAAUCCCUUGCCCUCCAUCCGCCCUCGAAAGGGCCGGUACCGGAUUUCUCUGAAGGAGCACAAAGUUUAUGACCUCCAUGAAACCUAUUUGUACUGCUCUUCCGCUUGUGUUGUCAAUAGUCGUGCAUUUGCUGCGAGUUUGCAGGAAGAGAGGUGCUCUGUAGUGAAUCCAUUGAAAAUAGAUGAGGUUUUGAGGUUGUUUGGGGAUUUAAGCUUGGAAUUUGAGGAGGGUUUGGGACAGAAUGGGAAAUUAGGGUUUUCUGAUUUGACUAUUCAGGAAAAACCUGAAGCAGAAGUUGGGGAAGUGUCUUUGCAAGACUGGGUUGGUCCAUCAAAUGCAAUUGAAGGCUACGUUCCACAGAUAGAUCGUGCUACCAAGCCUGAAUGUUCAAAAAAUUGCAAUAAAGAGUCUAAAUCUAAUCGUACCAAGGAAGAGGGCAUGGUAUUUAAUGAGAUGGACUUCAUGAGUGCUAUAAUCAGUGAAGAUGAGUAUAGCAUUUCGAAAACAGCAGGUCAAGCAAAGACUGUUUCCAAUACAAAUGUAAAAGAAUCAAAAGGAAAAUCAGUUAAAAAAGACGUAGGAGGUCAGUUCACAAUAUUGGAGACGACGUCUGUUCCCUUACAAAAUGAAGCAAAACAAGGGAGGCAUGAAUUUGCCACUAAAGAGGUGCUUAGCAUUGCAGAAGUGUCUUCAGGAGCUUGCCAGAACAGUUCCAAUGUGAAUUCUGUGCAAGCAAGAAAGGAUAUUUGUGCUGAAUCAGUGAACCAAUCAAGUGGAAUGCUGAAAUCCUCUUUAAAAUCUUUGGGUGUGAAGAAACCAGCUCGCACGGUCACUUGGGCUGAUGAGAAAACUGAUAGUGUAGGCAAUGGAGAUCUUUGUGAGGUCCAGGAAAUGGAAUUUACUAAAGAAGGUGCUGAGAGAUCAAACAGUUCUGACAUGGGAGGAGAUGAUGAUUCAUUUCGGUUUGCAUCAGCAGAAGCAUGUGCAACAGCAUUGAGCCAGGCAGCUGAAGCAGCUGCAUCUGGAGAAUCAAAUGGCACUGAUGCAGCAUCCGAAGCUGGGAUUAUUAUACUGCCAUGCCCGCAUGAUGCAGACGAGGGUGAAUGCGAGGAGGAAACUGAUGUACUUGAACCAGAGCCAACUCCUUCAAACUGGCCUAGAAAACCAGGAAUUACACCAGAUGAUUUAUUUGACCCCGAAGAUUCCUGGUAUGAUAGUCCGCCAGAGGGAUUUUGUUUGACUUUAUCACCAUUUGCAAUGAUGUGGAUGGCACUCUUUGCAUGGAUAACGUCCUCGUCUCUUGCUUACAUUUAUGGAGGGGAUGAAAGUACCCAUGAAGACUUUUUAUUGGUAAAUGGGAGGGAAUAUCCUAGGAAGAUUGUUUUAUCUGAUGGCCGUUCUUCAGAAAUCAAGCAAACUCUUGCUGGUUGUCUUGCUCGGGCUUUGCCUGGACUUGUUGCUGAUCUCAGGCUGCCUACGCCACUGUCCAGUCUGGAGAAAGGAUUGGGGCACUUGCUGGAUACAAUGUCUUUUAUGGAUGCAGUUCCAUCAUUCCAAGUGAAACAGUGGCAAGUGAUUGACCUUCUGUUUAUUGAAGCGCUUUCUGUUUGUAGGAUCCCUUCACUUACCCCACACUUGACAGAUAGGAGGUUGUUGCUUCAUAAGGUUCUUGAUGGCGCCCAAAUAGGCGUGGAAGAUUACGAGGUUAUGAGGGAUCUCAUCAUCCCCCUUGGCCGAUCGCCUCAGCUUUCUUCACAGAUGGGAGGUUAAUGAAACAGAAAUCUCUGUUUCCCGAUCAGGAUUUCCUGAAAUCAAUAAAUGUCUUCCAAAUAUUUGAAACUGUACAGAAAUCUUUUUAUCAUAAAUUAUUCAAUAUGGUAUAAAAAUUGCUGUUGCCUUUGGCCUUAUGUUAUUGAAUCUGGAGACCAUUAGACACAGAUUGCCAUGGUGGACCAGAUUUUUGCUCCCACUCUUUGAUCUGUCCUAAAUAUUCUGUACACAAACAAUUAAACAUCUUCAUGGGAUAUGUAGACUCCACUCUAGGGCAUUGUGUCUAGUCUUUGUGGAUGUAUUUUAAGAUUUUUCAUAUGGAAGCUUAUCAUUUUUAAGUUGAGGUAAAAA